AUGCGGCGGCUAUGGCGGUGGUACCAGCAGUGCCUGGCCACGCACCCGGUGCGCACGCAGGUCGUCAGCUCCGGCAUCCUCUGGGGCCUCGGCGACAUCGGCGCCCAGGCUGUCACCCACUACUCCGCCCGCUCCGACCGCCGCGGCCACGCCAGCAGCCCCCCUGAGGAUAAAGAUAAUAAAGACAAUAAAGAGUUUAAAGUUGAUUGGAAGAGGGUGGGCAUCACAAGCUCCUUCGGAUUUGCCUUUGUUGGUCCAGUUGGACAUUACUGGUAUGAAUACCUGGACCGCUUCAUCCGGCGGAGAUUUCAGCCUAAUACAUUCAAAUUUGUUGCCUCAAAAGUUGCCGCAGAUGGUUUGCUCUUUGGACCAUUAGACCUCCUCCUGUUCUUCUCAUAUGUUGGUCUCGGUCAAGGAAGGAGCGUAGAGCAGGUGAAGGAAGAUGUGAAAAGGGACUUCAUUCCCGCUCUGGUGUUAGGUGGAACCAUCUGGCCUGCUGUGCAAAUCGCAAACUUCCGCUUCAUCCCGGUGCGGUACCAGCUCUUGUAUGUGAACUUGUUCUGCCUCUUGGACAGUUGCUUCUUGUCAUGGAUUGAGCAGCAGGGAGAUGCUUCCUGGAAGCAGUGGUUCACGUCAUUCCAGAAAAUCGAAGACCAGAAGACAUACCUGCACUCUGCAGUGCUAGAGAAAACGCCCGUCUGCAUCCUGCUGUAUCAGGUGCAGUUGAAGCAGAGCUUUAACCGUGAAAACACCUGCCGGGAGUGCAGGUAUGCUGCGAAUUCAGUCAAAACACCUGAUCUAAUAAGGCGGAUGCAUUUUAGUUGUGAUCAGUCAAACCAUGAUGAAUGA